AUGGCUAAAGCCAUCAAGAAAGUCAAUAUGAUCACUCAAAUUGUUCAACGCUGGAAAAGCAAAAAGCCUCAACCGUCUCCUUUCCUCAUCCAUCGCCGCCUCAGAUUCCGAGGAACCAAUCGGAUCAACGUGGCGGGGGACAGGCUCUGGCUCUUUUACGUGGGCUUAGAACGCCAUUUUUUCUUGAUCGCCACCUGCUUCCUCGACUUUCCGGUUAUUGCUUCCUUGCUUCACAAUGCAAAAGAAGAGUUUGGGUUCCAGGCCAAUGGAGCUCUGCUUUUGCCCUGUUUGGAUGAGUUUUUGAAGAUGGUUUCCGAAGUGGGCAUUGCAUCUUUCGAUCAUUCUUUUUGUAAACAAACUUCAAAGCAGCUUCUUGUCAUGUCUUCAUACCAUUACUGUAGAAGAAUGGGGCUUGAAACUUUACCAAUGCCCACAUUCCACUUUUCUAGUGUAGGUUGA